GUUCUACUCUCUGUCGAUAUUCAUAUAUCAAGAUACAUAUUUACUUAAUUAAGAGGCAGCGAAUUCCCAUUGUCGAAACGACGGACUUCAUCGGAGAGGCGGUCCAUUCAUGUCUAUCAGCUAUACACUUUCACCCUUCAGCAAAACCCUCCCCGAAAGCCCAACCCUUUAGCGCGCGACCAGCAUCAUCUUCUCGGCUGCGCAGCGCGAAAUAUUCUUCUCAUGGCGGGAUCCUACAGCGAGAAGCAGGGGAUUGCCGACGCUCCCGCUGCACGCCCGGAGAGUACUACCAGGACAGAAGUGGAUAAGGCCGAGGUCGCGGUGCCGAUACCGGAACAGGCGGAGGAUAUCGAUGCUCAGCUAGCGCAUCUACCAGAACACGAGCGGGAGAUCUUGCAGCGUCAGAUCGAGUUUAAAGAGCCCGCUAUUUCGUACUUCACACUAUUCCGAUAUGCUACUCCACGAGACCUGUUAGUCAUGGCGGUUGGCGGCAUCGGCGCGGUGGGCUCGGGGGCGAUGAUGCCGGUCAUGACGAUAAUCUUCGGUGACUUGACGGGGAGCUUUGGGAAACUUGGUUCGGGAGAAUCGGACACGGGAGCUUUUAUGGAUGAGGUGGAAGACUACACCAUCAAGUUUAUAUACCUUUUCGUAGGACUAUUCUUCGGGUCCUACAUCUCGAAUAUCUCAUUUCAACAUACCGGCGAGCGCCUCACCCAGAGGAUCAGAGAGGAGUAUCUAUCGGCAAUCUUGCGCCAAAAUCAGGCGUUUUUCGACAAACUGGGUGCGGGUGAAAUCACCGUCAAGAUCACAUCGGAUACGAAUCAAGUUCAAAAUGCGGUUUCGGAAAAGGUAGGGAUCACCAUGAUGGCUUUGUCGAUGUUCCUAGCCGCUUUCGUGAUCGGAUUCGUCAAAGCGUGGAAGUUCACCUUCAUCUUGAUCUCGACGGUAGUGGCGAUGACGUUGGUCAUGGGGAUCGGUUCCACACUAUUCUUGCGAUUCUACGCAAAGUCACUCUCGGCCAACGGCGUAGGAGGAACGGUAGCGGAGGAGGUUCUGUCCUCGGUUCGCAAUGCUGUUGCCUUCGGUACCGAAGAGAAGCUGGCAAGGAAUUUUGAUGUUCACCUCGCUAUCGCCGAAGUUUGGGGCAUGAAAACGAAAGUCUCUCUGGGCCUGACCAUCGGCGCUAUCAUGUCCGUCAACUUCCUGAACUUCGGAUUGGCUUUUUGGCAGGGAGGAGAGUUCAUCUUGCGGGGGGAGGAGGAUGUCUCCUCCAUCCUCACGACUCUGCUCGCGAUCAUGCUAGGAGCUUUCGCUCUCGCUGGUGUGGCCCCGAACGUGAACUUCUUCCAGUCCGGUACCGCUGCGGCAAAGAUGAUAUUUGCGACGAUCGACCGCGUGUCUCCCUUGGAUCCAACGGCCGAGGAAGGACAGAAGUUGGACAAUGUCAAUGGCAAUAUCGAGCUCAGGAACGUCAAGUUCAUCUAUCCCUCCCGACCUGCUGCACUGAUCUUGCCGAAUAUGGACCUCAUAAUUCCUGCUGGCAAAACCACGGCGUUGGUUGGAUCCUCUGGUUCUGGAAAAUCAACCGUCGUUGGCCUCGUCGAAAGAUUCUACGAUCCUGUGGGUGGCGAUGUGUUCCUCGAUGGCCAUAACCUCAAAGACCUCAACCUACGAUGGCUGCGUCAACAAAUAUCACUCGUCCAACAGGAGCCGGUGUUGUUUUCGUGUACUAUUUUUGAGAACGUGUGCCAUGGACUCAUAGGCACACCACAAGAGACCGCACUGGAAGAGGUUCGGCGCAAGCUCGUAAUUAACGCCUGUCAGAUGUCGAAUGCCGAUGGCUUCAUCAACCAGCUACCCGAAGGAUAUGACACCAACGUGGGUCAGCGCGGUUUCCUCCUUUCCGGAGGCCAGAAGCAGCGAAUUGCCAUCGCUCGUGCCAUAGUUUCCGAUCCCAAGAUCUUGCUCCUCGACGAGGCCACAUCUGCGCUCGACACCCGGAGUGAGGGAAUCGUACAACAGGCCCUCGACCGAGCUGCUGAAUCACGGACCACCAUUGUCAUUGCGCAUCGUCUUAGCACCAUCCGUAAUGCUCACAAUAUCGUUGUUAUGUCCAAAGGUAUCAUUGUCGAACAGGGUACACACGGAGAACUUAUGGCAAAGCGCGGCGAGUACUUUUCACUCGUGCGGGCCCAGCAGAUCACCGCGAGCGACAAGACUUAUGACACUGGAUCCACGGAAGCCGAAGAGGAUACUAUUACGCCGGAAGAAGAAGGCGACCAUAAGCCGGUGAUACAAGAAGAUGCUCUCCGCAUCUUUCGCACCACCACGAAGCAGUCAGUUGCCUCCAUCGCACUAAAGGAUAAACCCACACACGAGGAGGAAACCUACUCCGCAUGGACACUUUUCAUGAUGAUCAACAAGCUAAAUGCGCCGGAGAAAUGGAUGUUACUCUUGGGAGGAUCGUUCGCGGUAAUCAUGGGCGGCGGACAGCCUGUCAACGGAAUCCUUUUUGCGAAAUCGGUCGUUGCACUAUCAAACCCGGAUCGCAAGGCGCUCAAGGACGACGUCAGCUUUUGGGCGCUCAUGUUCCUGAUGCUGGGGCUCGUGCAGUUCGUUGCAACCUCUAUAUCUUCCACAUGUCUCGGUGUCGCAUCAGAGAAACUCGUUCGCCGUGUCCGAGAUGUCAGCUUCCGCCAUCUGCUCCGACAGGAGAUGGCAUACUUCGACGAUGAAUCACACAGCACUGGAUCGCUGACCACGUUUCUUUCCACCGAAGCCAUCGAUAUCGCAGGCCUUUCAGGAGUCACUGCAGCCACUAUUAUGUCUGCGAUUGUUACACUUAUCACGGCCAUCGUCGUCUCCGUCACGCUCUUCUGGAAGAUCGGUCUGGUGUGUACGGCUUGCAUUCCAAUCCUGGUAGCCGCCGGCUUCUUCCGAUUGUUCUUGCUGCGCAGAUAUGAGCAGCAGAAACAAAAGACAUAUGAACGCUCGGCAGCUUAUGCCUCCGAGGCUACAGCAGCCAUCAAGACUGUAGCUUCCCUUACGAGAGAUCGGGAUGUUUGGGACCAUUACCACGACCAGCUGGCUGCCCAGACUAAGAAGGGGUUGAGAUCCAACCUCCAGACCGGUAUUCUUUAUGCUUUCUCCGAGUCCAUCGUCAUUCUCAUCGUCGCGUUGGGGUUCUGGUAUGGAGCCAAGCUCAUUUCCGAGGGAUCCUUGAAUUUCGAGAAAUUCUUCAUUGCGUUCAUCACUGUCCUCUUCGGCGCCCAAUCUGCGGGCCAGGUUUUCGCGUUUGCCUCCGAUAUUUCCAAGGCCCAGCGAGCCGCAACACAGGUCAAACGUCUACUAGAUCGUAAGCCUGAGAUCGACACCUGGUCUCAGGAGGGCGAAGCCUUGCUUUCCAUGGAAGGAGACAUCGAGUUCCGAGAUGUCCACUUCCGUUACCCCACUCGUCCCCACGUCCCUGUACUUCGCGGUCUGAACUUCACGGUCAAGCCCGGCCAGUACGUGGCGCUCGUUGGGCCCUCGGGGUGUGGGAAAUCCACAACGAUCGGCCUCCUCGAACGAUUCUACGACUCUCUCGCCGGACAAGUGUUAGUCGACGGAAAAGACAUCACUAAGCUCCGGAUUCAGGACUACCGCAAGCAUCUAGCGCUUGUCUCGCAAGAACCCACACUAUAUCAAGGCACAAUUCGAGAGAAUGUGCUGUUAGGACUCGGCGGCUUUGAAGAUGUCCCGGAAGAGGACAUCAUCAACGCGUGCAAAGCCGCCAACAUCCACGAUUUCAUCAUGUCCCUACCGGAAGGCUACAACACCGAUGUGGGGAACAAGGGUGGCAUGCUGAGUGGAGGACAGAAGCAGCGGGUUGCUAUCGCACGCGCACUCAUCCGGAAUCCGCGAAUCUUGCUGCUCGACGAGGCUACCUCCGCUCUCGACUCGGAGAGCGAGAAGGUCGUGCAGGAUGCGUUGGAUGUCGCGGCGAAGGGGAGGACGACGGUUGCUGUGGCGCAUAGAUUGAGUACGAUUCAGAAAGCGGAUAUGAUUUAUGUAUUUGAGAGCGGGAGGAUCGUGGAGAGCGGGACGCAUCAGGAGUUGUUGCACCUCAAGGGCAGGUACAGUGAGCUGGUGAUGUUACAGGCGCUCGAGGAGGGGGCGUAGUAUUCGACGGGAUAGGUUCCUUUUCUUCGUUUCAUUUUGGUAUUCUAUACUCUGCUCGGUAGUUAAAUACGUAAUCGGAAACUGGAUCUGCACGGUGUGCUGGCGAAUAUACAUACUAUUGAG